UGUCUGAUACGUACGAUGACAUUAAAUUUCAUUUACCCUGCUCAACCACCUUCUCACCAAUCAGAUCUUAGUAUUUUCCCUAUAAAAACAUACUCUCCAAACACAAUUUGCCACACAAGUACUGAGAGAAAGACAGUAAGUUGGAGAAAUAUGGGUAGGUUUUGUGUCUUUUUAUUGGUUCUUGCUCUUGUCGUUGCUACAAAUGCGAGAAAUGUGCCAAGUGAUGUUGGUUUGAAGGAGGAGAAGAACGUUGUGUCAUAUGGUGGUGUUGGUGGUUUUUCAGGACUAGGUAACAAUGGACUACCUUUUGGAGGAGUUGGAGCUGGAAUAGGUGGUGGCGUUGAUGGAGGAGUACUCGGCGGUGGACUUGGUGGUGGAAUUGCCGGUGGAGUCGCCGGUGGACUCGGUGGUGGUGGUGGUGGUGGUGGUGGAAGUGGUGUUCUUCCUUUCCCUUAAUAAGAUCAACAUGCUUUUGCAUGCUUUCUUUUAAAAUAUUAAUACUAGUUUAAUUUCAGUGUGGAAUGUUAUGUACGUGUUGGUAAUUGUUGAAGCAUUCUAGAUUUGUAGUUCUAGUGCUAUAUCUUGUAGCGUACUGCAUGUUCUUUUGUCAACCAUCGCAAAUACGUGUUCUUUUAUGAAAUUCAAAUUUUAUUUUCCACUAAUGUGAGCGCAAUACUAAAUACGUAUGACUUUAAUUUGUA